AUGGCUCGCCUUAACCGAGAAGAUCGAAAUUUUACAGGAUCGCUGCCAGAUUUAAAAGCCUCUGUUAAGGCUACCGAACACCAAACGAAAGUGGUCGACAGAAAAAUAUUUAUUGUUGAAACACAUUUUCCCAAGGUGGCAGCGAUGCUUCAGCGCUACGCAGUAGGAACAGCCAAAUUACGAAACAAGGGCGACGAGCUGGCCAAAACAAUAGCGGCCUAUGCGGAAGUAGAAUCUCCUUCAUUGAAGCAAGCCCUUACAACUAUGUCUGAAUGUUUGUCCGCCAUUCAGGAUCAACGAGACGCAGAGGUUAGUAAAAUAGAAGAGAAACUCGUUCAAGGACUCAGCGUGUACGACACGAAAUGCAAGCAGGCUAGGAACGACGUGAGGGUUAGUUCGUCUCUGUCUACAAGGGAGGUGAAGUCAUUCGAGAACCUCGAAAAAGCGCAGAUGAAAUCCACUGAUCGAACGCGGACCGCCAGGGCUCAGGCUGAAUUUCAGAAGGCGUCUGGCGAAGCGAACCGAUCACUGAGGGUUUUACGCGAGCAGAUGAACGAGUUCGAAAGUCAAAAAAAUGCGGGACGUGAAGCAGAUUUUCUCGGGGUUUGUGGUGUGCGAGAUGGAGCUGUUAGCCCGGUCAAUGGAGCUGUAUACCCGCGCGUAUCAAGGUUUGAUGAAUAUUAUCGAAGAGGAAGAUUUAGAGGAGUUUAA